UGGUCAUGUUCAGAGGAAUUGUAUAUCUGGUCUUGUUUACCGUUGUUUUUGGAUUUCCAGGUUUUAAAAAUAAAAUACCCAACGGAAAUAAGGUGCCGGAUCCUUGUUAUGGACAGACUAAUCAGACAUGGUGGGGUGUAGGACACGACAAGGCACCAGGAGGAGGGAAAAGAUGUCAAUUUGGACUGGACUUUAAGGCUGCUGGAUUUAAAUGGACCAAGGAACUGUGUCAAACAGAUUCAGACCAAGAUGGUCGUACGAAUGGACAGGAACUUGGAGACCCAAACUGCUCGUGGACAAAAGGCGAAACUCCUAGCGCUGCUGCAUCUGGUCACCCAGGUAUUUGUGAACCCCUGAGUGAUUCCAAAUGUGUAAUAGUAAAUAAAGAUAUACUAUGUCCAUCGACCAAUAGAACAUGAUGCUUAUUUGGCCAUUGUGUGUAGCAGCUACCUCGUAAUGGAAAAUGCAGUUUUCUUUGUGUAGCAUUUUUUUUUGUGAGAUCAAAUAUAAAGAAAAGUUUAAUAAAAAAAAGUUGUUUCUUCUAAUUUCGAAUUCAUUGCUUUUCGCCACCCUGGACGAUUUCGAUUAACAACAAAUACGAUCUCGUCCAUUUGCAUGUGAUAUACAUUCUUUAUAUCUUAUUU